AAGAGUUUCAGCUGCUGAAAUAUUGGCUGACCGAGCACAGCUGAGAGAAAGAUGUGUCUGCAGUUUUCUUAAUCAACAAUUUUUCGUAUAUGUAGUUUUGUAAAUUUAUCUGCUGUUGUUUAUUUCCUGAGUGUUAUGCAGUUUUGUGUGAUUGAUUGAAAAGAUAUAUUGUUUGCCAACUGCUUCACUUAUAACAAAUUGAAAAUGGAUCCCCUAGACACGGAUCGUGAAUGCUGUCGCGCGAUGAAGAGAAAAAUGUUGAACACACAAAACGACCUGGAAAAGCGAAUGAGAGAAAUGGAUGAUUCUAUGAAAAGACAAAUGAUGGAUCUGCAACGUAAAAUUAAUAAGGUAAACGAAAGUCUUAUGUCAUUAUUGGAUUAUAAAAAUACAAAACAUCGAAAAACCAUGUUUCCUCUCCAAACCGAAGACGAUGUAUGUGAAAUGGACAGAAAAGUUGCAGAAUCACCGAGUGAAUUUGUGGACAUAUUCAGAAGAAUGCUAAUGCCAGAAGGCCUUACUAAAAAUCUUGAAAGAGUCUUAAGUUCAGAGCUUCUAAUGAAAUUCAAUUUUACCGGGACGGUAAAGAUGAUGGCUUUCGACAAAUUUGUCCACCUUAAUAAUGCUAUGUAUGAAGCUAUCAAAGAAGAUGAUCUCAGUUUCGUUGAAUAUACGAAGGAAGUUCGAGUGGCCUUCUUCAAAAUCAAAAAUCGUUUAUAUAAAUCUCGACAAAGACAUAGAACCGAACAAUAUGAUAAUUAAUUAAAAAUGUACUUUUAAAACAAAAGUAAAAACCUAUUAAAUUAUUUGACAUUUAA